AUGAAGGUGUGGAUUUACAACAUGUUAUCGGAGCGAUUCAGUCCAAUUGGACAUGACCUCUACUCCACUUGCCACACAUACUCUAAGCCAUGCCCGAGGGGCAUGAAGACCACCACAGCUGAUGAAAACUACCUAAAUCUCAACCCCUCUUGCGAGAAUGGAACCCUGGACCUCAAGAGAAGGUGCACUCCAGACUGCAUAUUUGCACCACAUUUCCCCUCCAACGACCCUUUAAAGUUUGCGAUCCUUCACAAGGUGCUGGGUGCCUGCAAUGUCAGCAAGAUCCUGAUCCAAGUCCCAAUCGAAUUGCACAAAAACACAGUGAAUAUGCUUACUUUUGUGGCUGAUGCAAGGCUUAGAAACCCUGUUUAUGGUUGCUUUGGUGCCUUUGUGUUGUUGCAGAGAAAGAUGACUGAGCUACAACAUGAUCUUGCCAUCGCUAGAUCUCACAGCUCAAUUCGCUGCUGCCCAGAGCUUCACGCCUUUCAGUUACAGUCCUCAAAGCUACAGUCAGGGGUCACCAGAGCAUGA